AUGCAUUCCAAGUUCGCCCUCCCCGCCGCCGCCACCCUCCUCCAGGCGGCCUCAGCCCAGAUCCUCUACGGCGCCGACGCCGGCUCGCUCUCCUCGGACACCUGGUCGUCCGUCAUCGAGUCCGCCAACUACACCGACUCACAGUCCGUCUCGGGCCGCGACCUCUCGGCCACGUACCCGGGCAGCGAGCAGGACGGCUGGAGCCUCAGCUUCGCCAUCAAGGACGGCGUCGCCGGCUCGGGCGAGACCAAGACCCCAGCGGGCGCCAUCUCCCUCAGCGGCCCCAGCGGCGACUUCGACGACAGCUGGCACCUCUGCCUGCACGUCUUUCCCGUCCGCGCCGCCAGCGCCGGCGGCGCCUGGUCGACCGACUUUGACGGCACCUGCUCCGGCUCCGUCGCGCCGGAGUGCGUCGACGACCUCAAGAAGAACGCCCUGUCCAACUUCGACAAGGACUGCAAGACGUGGUCGCUCACGGCCAGCUGCCUGCGCGACAUCCAGGACAACAGGCUCAACACGGCGGCCGUCUCCGUCACCGCCGAUAACCACCAGGACUUCAUUGGCAACGAGACCUCCUUCUACCGCGAGGUCUUCGCCGAAGAGAUCCUCACCGCCGCCCUGGAGCCCCGCGCCGUCGUGAGCGUCUGGGGCCGCAGCGCCGACUCGGGCGAGGAUCCCACCAUCCAGGUCACCUGCCUGAAGCCCGACACCGUCGCGUCCGGCAGCACGGAUCCCGCCGCGCCUGCUGAGGGCGCCGCCAGCGGCCUCAAGGCGCUGGCCAGCUGGGCCGUCCUCACCGCCGCCGUGGCCUUCCAGUUGCUGUAA